AUGUCAGAAAACUACGACCAUCCUCCUGCUUCCUCCCGCCGGCCAUCGCUUCCCAGUGAUCAAAGCUCCCCUGCUGUUGUUGCCGAGAGAAGAGGUUACUACCAACAGCGACUCUAUGAUCUUAUCAACGCCGACCCGAGCCUAGAACACGUCGCUCGCGAUUUAGAGGCUCGCAGGGCGGAAGAAGCUCGCAAUCUACAGCGACAGCCCUCAGAUGAAUACGAGUCGGAUCUUGACACGAUACUUUCCGACGCUCAAUUUGCAAAUCCCACCUCGCGCCUCUUAGACCGGUUGAUUGACGAAGAGUCAAGAGAGACCCCGCGCGACAACCAAUCCUCAGCCCGACCAAGAGAACGCUUGAUAUAUCUUCGGAACUUGAUCCAUCAAGAAAGCAAUCACACAAAUACUGAUGAUACCACUCGUGCCUUGGAGACAUUAAAUCGAGAGAUCGAAGAUCAUUACCUUGACCAAGCCCGGGAUGGACGCAUCACAUUUCAACAAGCCUUUCAUUCACUUCUAGCGAUUCCCAACUUGAACCCGCGAAGAAAUUUGCUGGAACAACUCCCUCCACGCCAACCAGCUCCUGUAGCCCCUUCCAGUCUUGAGCCCCGCCCACCGAGUAAUAGAGGUCACCGACGUCGUUCGUUCCGACCAGACUCACGAGAUACACUUCCCACACCGUCACUCAUGCCUCAAUCCCAGAGCAGUCGCGAACGUGAACGCCGGCAAAAGCGACGCAAGCUGGAUGCCGAUGAUAACCGCGAGGACUCCCGUGGGUUCAACUAUGGACACCAAGGCCAGGUAGUCCCUGGUGCCCUGAAAAUGGAAAUUGCGAGCUGUGAUGGAGGCGUCUUCAACCAAGAAGGGGACAGUUUUUUCCCAGGAAAUGUUUUGCGGAAUGAUCAAACCGUAUACAGCACCAAGUCUGAUCGCUGCAACUUGAUUCUUCGCCACAGAGAUGAAGCUCCGUUCUGCUUGAAGAAGAUUGUCAUCAAGGCUCCUCGUACCGGGUUCGAUUCUCCAAUCCAGGAAGGCAUGGUGUUUGUAUCCAUGACGUCGGAUGAACUGCUUGCUCGGACCGCUCAAUAUCAGAUCCAGUAUUCCAGCACACGACGCCGACGUGGCUAUCGCCGAAUGGAUCUACCACCAUCCCAAGCAUAUUUGACUGGGCUCCGAACCCCCCUUCAAUCUCUCGACCGCACUGUGCUUAUGGGCCCUGAUUCCAAUCUGGCCACCGAGACCGAACCUUCGGGUCGGGGUACACAUGAUCCGCAAGCUGAAUUCCGUGUUACUACCGAGUACAAUGAGACCGUUGAAGAAAACGUGUUUGCAGAAAGGGAAGAUGACAAUCUAAUUGCGUCGGUCACUGCCGAUCUAGAAAGAACCAACGAACUAGACGAUUUGCUCUGCUCGGACACCGAUGACGACAGCCCCAGUGACGACGACGACGAAGAUCAUCCAAUGACCCGCCGUCGACUAGAAAUUCAACGUCGAAUCGGCUCCGCACGCCGCUCAAUGAACGGCGAUCUAUCUCAACGACGCCGCCAACCCCCAAGUUUGAUCGACCCGAUCCCUCCUCCACCCGUUCCUGGCCCAGCAAUGACCACAUCUAAUGGCGAGGUCCUCAAGCCACAUGCUCGUUUCUUCAUCGAGAGGGAGAAGAGCGUGGUCAGCAUUAAGUUUGAUCCGCCUCCCUCUGGUCGUUUCAUUCUUAUCAAGCUUUGGAGUCCCCGCAGUGAUGGCAAUAUUGAUAUACAAAGCAUCAUUGCUCACGGUUAUGCGGGCCCUAGGUUCUUUCCAGCAGGCGGGUUCCGAUAA